AGGACCAUGAGUAAUUUUGAGCAGUUCUACAAUGACAUCAAAGCUACGGAGAAGGAGGAUGCAGUGCUCACGUCACAGCAACAGUUGGACAGACUUCUUCGUCCUGGUUCAACAUAUCUAAACCUAAAUCCGUUCGAGGUUCUCCAAAUUGACCCAGAUACUGAUCUUGAAACAGCCAAGAAGAAGUUUAAAAAGCUUUCCCUGCUUAUUCACCCCGAUAAAAAUCCUGAAGAUCGCGACAGAGCUGACCAAGCUUUCGACAUCAUCAAGAAGGCCAUGAAACAAAUAGAGAGCCCUUUGGAGCUUAAUCGCUGCAAAGACUGUUACACAGAAGCCCGUGCACGUCUUUCCAUAGUGAUGUCAGAAAAACGGCGAAAACUCAAGAAGGAAACCGGCAACAGCGAAAUUGAGGAGGAUGAUCCCGAAGUGUACAAAAAGCAGUUGUGGAUCACUGUUACCAAGGUGUUUGCGGAUCGCGAAAAGAAAAGGAAAAUGUUGGAGGAACGUGCGAAUGAGGAAAAACGACGAGUUGCAGAAACGGUACAACAAGCCGCAGAGAAAAGAAAGCUUGCUGAAGAAUUUGCGAAAAAUUACGAAGAAUCCCGUGAUGAGCGAUCGGGUAGUUGGCGCAAUUUUCAAGCAAAAAAGGCAAGGCGUGCAGAGGACGGCCAUGUGAUGCGAGGAGCAGCGUUUCGACCGCCAAAACCCAAGUUACAAAAAUGAUCUCCUCUGUUUCUUCUGGAUUCGUGUGGUCUAUUUAUUCGAUGUAUAAAACAAGAUGAUAGAACUGCUUUAUGUAUCAUUAUCAGUAUAUACUUUGGCAGGUUUUUGCAGGUAGAACUAAC